UGCAAUUGCGAUGCUUUUGGUUCCGUUCGCUCCGAUUGCGAACAGACGACCGGUCGCUGUGUCUGCAAAGUCGGCGUUUCGGGCGUCAAAUGCAACGAAUGCGAGCCCAACAGUGUCUUAGGGGUCGACGGCUGUGUCCACCGCGCGCUGGCUCUUCCCGAAAGCGGGUCCUGCGCUCAUCGGCGCUGCGACUUCGGCGCCACCUGUCGACAGACGUCGGCCAACGAAACGCUGUGCGUCUGCGCCGAGAAGUGCGACGACGGAGAGGAAGCGCCGCGCGUUUGCGCUUCCGACGGAACGACGCACGCGUCGGAGUGUCUGUUAAGACGUCAUUCGUGUCGUCUGCAGAGGAAAGUGGCGCGACAGCAGUGUUUGCGACGAACUCAAGACAAUCACUAA